CCACCCAGUCUGCCUGUGCCUCUUUGCCCACUGUAAUUUUGGUCCCGCACAAAAGCUUUUCAUCUGUUCCCUUUCAUUUGUAUUUCCCUGGUCUCCGUUUGUUCUCUGUUUCUGUGUCUUUGUCUCAGUUUCAGAUUCUGUCCCUGUCUGAGCCUCAGUUUCUCUUAUCUAUAAAAUGAGGGGCCUGGAUUAGAUGGUCUCCAGAUCUCUCUUUUCCAGAUCUACCAGCAAGCAUUCUAUGACUCUGGGUGUGUGCGUCACUCUCCGUCUCUUUUUAAUCCCUGUGUAUCUAUGUAGUGUCUCUCUCAGUCUCCCUCCCACUCUGAGUGGUGUGACUGGCCCUUUAUCCCUAGCCAGUUAGACUGGAAAGGUCUCUGGAACUGAGCCAGGAGACACCCCAGAGCGGACAGAUCCUCUCCCAGUCUGGUUCCACCUGGGCUCCCCUCCACCUCUCCAGGAGUGAAGACUCCUAUUGCACUUAUAUCACUGCCACCAUGACGGGCCUCCCAACGCCCCCUCCCCCAAAAGCAGAAGAACUGAUGUCCACUCCACUCCUACAGGCCACUGAAACCCUGACUCCUACAGCUGUUGCCAACACUGCAGUCAUUGCAGUUGUUAUCACAGUGGUCUUCAUCACCCUGCUCUCAGUCCUGAUCGUCAUCAUCAUUUACCUGUACAAGAACAAAGGCAGCUAUAUCACCUAUGAGCCCCCGGAAGGAGAAGCCAGUGAAACUCUGCAAAUGGAGAAUGACUCCGUCCAAGGGAAGAAGGACGAAUAUUUCAUCUGAUGACUCCCAGGUUCCCAAAGAACACCUCUGGCCUCUAAGUGCAAGACUGAGUGCUUAAUUUAUUAGGUGAAAGAUGCAUCGGAAGCCAGAGAAAAGUGGUGAUAAUGGGCAUGUCUAUGUUCUCUCCAGGUCAGGAUCCAGGGACACUUCCGACCUGAGUGCCAGCAGCAGAGACCCGGGGGACAAAGGGAAGUAGAGAAAGCAGAUUCUGGUGCCUUUAGCUAGACCUCUUUCAUGGAUCUUGAUGUCAUAGACCAAAUGGUCUUUAUAACUACACAGGGUAGGACUAACCCACUGGGCAUAUGGGCAUUUACCCAGUAACUUCCUAUACUCUUAUUUGGUGGGGGAAUAGUGAUGGGAGUUGCCCAAUCCCACUCCAUACUCUGCCUCCUAGCUACAUCACAUAACUCAUGAAGAAUCCUAAUCACUGGUCCCAAAAAGUUAUUUGGCAU